CCCGUUACCUCAGUUUCCCCCCUACCUUCCCCCGGGCGAGGCCCGGAGCCCCCCCGGUUCCGCCAUGCUCGACUUCUUCACUAUCUUCAGCAAAGGAGGCCUUGUUCUUUGGUGCUUCCAGGGCGUGCGCGGCCCCGCGGCGGCCUGCACCGCGCCCGUGAACGCGCUCAUCCGGUCUGUCCUGCUCCAGGAGCGAGGUGGCAGCAACUCUUUCAACCAUGAAUCCCUUACGCUAAAAUACAAGUUGGACAAUCAGUUUGAGUUGGUUUUCGUGGUUGGAUUUCAAAAAAUUCUGACGCUAACCUACGUGGACAAGUUGAUAGACGACGUUCAUAAGGAGUUCCGGGACAAAUAUCGCAAUGAAUUUCAGCAGAAGGGAACUCUUGGGCUUCUCAAUGGCACCUUUGACUUUAAAGAAGAUUUUUUACGCCUCUUACGGGAGGCAGAGGAGAGCAGUAAAAUCCGAGCUCCCACUGCCAUGAAGACAUUUGAACAGUCUGCAAAGUCCCAAAAAACAGUGAAGUCUAUGAUAGAAACUCGAGGGGAGAAACCAAAAGAGAAAGCUAAGAACAAGAAAAACAAAGGUUCCAAAAAAGAAGUUUCAGGAGCUGAGGCAGCUGCAGCCCCCAAAGUAGCACCGGAUGUUAAGCCGGACCUUCCCGUUGCAGCUGGAGACAGGGAGGAACUGACCAAGGAUGAGAUCCUGCAGAAGAACCGUGAGGAGUUCUUCAGGAAGCGCCUGAAGGGGGGAGAUAAGACCAACAAGUCCCCAAAGCCGGAUGCCUCAAAGGACAAGGGGAAGAAGCCCAGAGUGUGGGAUCUGGGGAACUCUAAUGCCAAAGUACUUGAUUAUAGUAACUCAACUACCAAUGGAAAUGCAGACACUUGUCCUAUGGAAGAGUAUGACCCAGACAUGGUCCUUGGGGAUCCCGAUCGUGAGCCUGGCCGCCUCCGUGAUCUGGAAUAUGAGAGUGAGGAAGAAACUGAAGAAGAGAAGGUGGUUCACAACUCUUCAAGUGCCAGUGUUAAGAAAGGUGGCCUCGGAGGCAUGUUUGGGAUGCUGAAAGGCCUUGUGGGCUCCAAAAGUUUAACCAGAGAGGACAUGGACCCUGUGCUCGAGAAGAUGAAGGAUCACCUGAUUGCCAAGAAUGUUGCAGCUGACAUCGCCGUCCAGCUCUGUGAAUCUGUUGCUAAGAAGUUGGAAGGCAAAGUGAUGGGCACCUUCACCACGGUGACCUCGACAGUGAAGCAGGCCCUUCAGGAGUCUCUGGUCCAGAUCCUGCAGCCCCAGCGUCGUGUAGAUGUCUUGCGCGACGUGAUGGAUGCCCAGCGCCACUACCGACCCUACGUUAUCACUUUCUGUGGGGUCAAUGGAGUUGGGAAGUCAACCAACUUGGCCAAGAUUUCUUUCUGGCUGAUUGAAAAUGGGUUCAGUGUCCUUAUCGCCGCCUGCGAUACGUUCCGUGCUGGAGCUGUGGAGCAGCUGCGCACUCACACCCGCCGCCUGAACGCACUGCACCCGCCGGAGACUCACAGCGGCCGCACCAUGGUGCAGCUGUACGAGAAGGGAUAUGGGAAGGAUGCUGCUGGGAUUGCCAUGGAGGCCAUCGCGUACGCACGUAACCAAGGAUUUGAUGUCGUCUUGGUGGAUACCGCAGGCCGAAUGCAAGACAACGCUCCCUUGAUGACAGCUCUCGCCAAACUUAUUGCGGUCAACACCCCUGACCUUGUCUUGUUUGUGGGAGAGGCCUUGGUGGGAAACGAGGCCGUGGAUCAGCUGGUCAAAUUUAACAAGGCUCUCGCUGAUCACUCUAUGGCUCAGACCCCACGCCUCAUUGACGGGAUUGUGCUCACUAAAUUUGACACUAUCGAUGACAAGGUCGGUGCUGCGAUCUCCAUGACAUACAUCACUAGCAAACCGAUCGUGUUUGUGGGUACCGGACAAACCUACUGUGACCUACGUAGCCUUAAUGCCAAGGCUGUGGUUGCUGCUCUCAUGAAAGCCUAGCCACCAGUUAUUGCACCAAAUUCCUGUUCGCAGAUGUCUGUCUG